ACUGAUGAAUUAAAGGAUGGAACAUUGGUCGGAGAAGAUUAUCUUGGGAAUAAGUAUUAUGAAAAUAAUCGUUAUUUCAUUGGUCGAAAUCGUUGGGUAAUAUAUGGUAACCGUUUUGGCUGGGAUUAUGAGGCAUCACAGGUACCUCCAGAAUGGCAUCGUUGGCUUCAUAAUAUGACUGAUGAGACUCCGAUCACCAAUCCACCAGAACGUAAACCCUGGAUGCUUGAUCAUCAAGAAAAUCUCACUCUCGAGGAGCCCAACAAAUAUCUGAUGGAAGAGAUUAAGCUCACUCCAUCUGCUUAUCAAACUAUCAUCACACAUGCACUGACCCAUGAAAAGGAGGAAAUUAUAGGACUAUUAUUGGCUGAGGAGUGUGAAGGCUAUAUUCAAAUUUAUGCGGCAAAACCGUGCACAAGAGCUAAUAAGCAAUUAGACAGAGUUGAAGUGAAUGACAUUGAGCUUGCUCGUGGAAUUGAAGAUGCGGAUAAGCUUAAAAAAAUAUUGGGGAGAAAUAUCGCGGUUCUUGGAUGGUACCAUUCACAUCCUCAUAUUACAGUUCAUCCAAGUUCUCAUGAUAUUACCGCGCAGCGAGAAUUUGAGAGUCUUAACCGUAAAUUUUUCGGUAUCAUCGUGUCUGUAUUUGAUGGAGAAAAUGAAAAGCAAGGGGAGAUUAGGAUUACAAGUUUUCGUUCUAAUGGUGAAGCUUCAACUAAAUUGACCAUUGAGCCAAUUCAACUCGACCCAUCAACAAGAUCCAAGUUAUUUAAACUUGAUGUGGAAAAUUGGUGUUCCGUCCCCCGAGUUUUUUUGGAGGAAACCGAAUCUGAACCAGUGUAUGAUAAAAUUGAAAUAAUCAACCAACUGUGCACAAAAACGGUAUUCCCCAUGGCUACUUGCUGCAACGCAUUAAAUGAAAAACUACAAGCACAGUAA